ACGAUAUUUUUAAGUUCUGUCAAAUUGUUUCUCUUUUCGUUGAAGCUUUCAAGCGGGUUGGUUGUUCAAGCGUUGAAAUAAUAAUUCAACAUGGGUUUCGCUGAUUUGUGGUACUCGCAUCCCCGCAAAUAUGGACAGGGUUCUCGGUUCUGCCGGGCUUGCUCCAACAAUCAUGGAAUGAUCCGCAAGUACGGUCUCAACAUAUGCCGUCAGUGCUUCCGAGAAUACGCCAAGGAUAUUGGCUUCCGGAAGCUGGAUUAAACUGACAACGCCAUGGAAGUGCACUCACUUUUAAUUUCCCAUAUUACCACGGGAUGGUUGGCAGUUUGAAAUAUACCUGAAACAUCUGAAUAAAUCUUUCUGGGUAAAUA